AUGGUUAGAAAAUUGAAGUAUCAUGAACAAAAGUUAUUGAAGAAGGUAGAUUUUCUGGAAUGGAAACAGGACCAAGGUCAUAGAGAUACACAAGUGAUGAGGACAUAUCAUAUCCAGAAUCGUGAAGAUUAUCAUAAAUAUAACAGGAUAUGUGGUGAUAUCCGUAAAUUGGCACACAAAUUAUCACUUUUAUCUCCAACCGAUCCAUUUCGUCAUAAACAUGAGAAACUUUUAUUGGAGAAAUUAUAUAAUAUGGGUAUCCUAUCCACAAAAUCAAAGAUAUCGGAUUUGGAGAAUAAGGUCACUGUAAGUGCAAUCUGUAGAAGGAGGUUACCUGUAAUUAUGCAUAGAUUGAAGAUGGCUGAGACUAUUAAAGAUGCAACUGAAUUUAUCGAACAAGGUCAUAUUAGAGUAGGGCCAAAUCUAAUCAAUGACCCUGCUUACUUAGUAACUAGAAACAUGGAGGAUUAUGUCACUUGGGUUGAUAAUUCUAAGAUUAAGAAGACUGUUUUGAAGUAUAGAAACGAAAUUGAUGAUUUUGAAUAUGCAUAA